UUACUACUACAACCAGAAUCUUUUCUUUUUUUCUCUUUCGUAUUUAAAUUUGGUAUUCCCAGCGAGGUUUGAGUAAUAUAAGCUGUAAUUUGAACAAGAAAGCAAAACCCUGAAGGAUUCUGGUCGUAGUAGUAAAUGACGUCAUCGUGCAAAUGGCCUAUUUGCUGCAAUACAAACUUCUCAACAUGAAUAUCUAAAAGAAAAAAGCAGCAGCAUUUCCAGUCAUUUUCAUCUCAUUGUUAUCAUGUUAUUGCUCCAUAAAUGGAACUGUCUCCUCGGGGAAAAAGAUAAAUUCAAAGACCAGUCGAAAGAUAUUUUGAACCCAAUUCUUAAAGAAGAACCGUCAGGUAGUCACUUCAAGGCGUUGAUAGAGGAACUAGGAGCAGACGAGGUUUUGUUAUUGAAAUAAAGGUGCUGUAAAACAACAAUGAUGUAAAAAAGUGUGAAUUACAUUAACAUCGACGUAAAUUAAGAUGCAUUAAAUUAACGAUAUUUUUUUAAAAAAACUGCGUUAAUAAAGUGCAUCGUUAAUUUCCUAUAAUAAGGUAUUUUUGUGCUAGCCAACUUCUGAUUUUGCCAACCAAAAAAUGACUUGAUAAUGAAGUCAAAUUAUGUCAUGGUGUGAGUCAAAUUAUGCCUAAAAAUUGGAAAUGAUGAGAACCUUAUUCUGUGUAAUUUUGAUGGCAGAAUCACGAGCGGUUUUGUUUGUUUAAUUUCAUUUAUAUUACCUUACGCACAGUCAGAGCUUUUAAGAACCCGAGUUUUUAGGAACCCUCGAGGCACUCAAAUAUCCUUCUGGCAAAAAUGUCGCAAAUUUGUGAAAACGGAUGAGUAAAUUAGGGACAAAGAUGUUAAAUACCACAUAUGCCUAGUUAUUUACACCCCCUGUUUUAUGGUAUGCAAAUGUGGCAUUUACCAUCUGUUCUGUCGCACUUUGUAAUACCUGUCGCAACUUGUAAUAAACCGUGUCGCACUUUGUAAUAAAAAGCUGUCGCAAUUUGCAAUAACUGUCCAUCGCCCUUUAGAAUAAACUAAGCUGUGGCAAUUUGUAAUAAUUCCAUCGCACUUUGUUAUAAACUUAAAUGAUUUUCUUUGGUCAAACAAGCAUGUAUUCCGUUAUACAUUUUUCUGCCUUAAUUAAUCACGUGACCAACGAGAAUCGCUUUUAUGAAAGAUACGAAACUUUCUGUGACAUGCCACUAAAAAUAAGGUAUGAAUCAUUUCAUAUAUUUGAAUUAAAAAAAAUAUAAAUAACAAAAGCAGCAUUUAACAACAGAAAAUUGAUGAAUAACCUGGCAUUCGUCGUCCCAAUCCAUGUUUGCUUGCAACGCGACACGUGAAGUCUUCGGGGUGGGGGCGGGGGGGGGGGGAUAAUGUCAUAUACAUGUAUGGGCUAGGUAAUUACCGCUGAGGUACGCCUCUCAGGUAACCAUUGCAUGCAAACCAUCUAGUACAAUACCAGGGUUUAAGAAAACAGAAUUUUGUACGUCAGAUAACUAAUCAACAUUAAUUUUUAAAAAAGGUUUAGGAUAGUGAAUAAAGUUGAAUGGUUUGAAUGAGAGGAGAUAUAAAUUAUAAAAGUAAUUUUGUAAGUUACGUGCUUACAGAUGUCAUCAUAUUUGUUUACGAAGUACCACUCAUAUUUUGGCAUUAUAUUAAUGUGGACGAAGUAAGUUGAAUCGCUCUCAAAACAUUAUUACAAAGUGCGAUGGAACUAUUACAAAUUGCGACAGCUUAGUUUAUUACAAAGUGCGAUGGACAAUUUUUACAAAUUGCGACAGCUUUUUUAUUACAAAGUGCGACACGGUUUAUUACAAAUUGCGACAGUAUUACAAAGUGCGAUGAAUUUAUUACAAAUUGCGACACUAUUACAAAGUGCGAUGAAUUUAUUACAAAUUGCGACACGUAUUACAAAGUGCGAUGAAUUUAUUAGAAAUUGCGACAGAUAUUACAAAGUGCGAUGAUUAUUACAAAUUGCGACGGUACACCAUCUCUGCCCCAAAUUUACUCCUCCUUUUUUACAAAUUUGCGAAAUGUUUGCAAGGAGCAAAGUUGUGCAAAUCUAUUUUUUCGUCCAGUGAUUAAUCUGACAAAAGACUGAAUCCCUACAUUCCAAGACAUAAAUAAAUGUAUCCUCCACCUUUUUACUACAUUGCUAAAACAUUUUUUCUCUUAAUUGUAUUAACAUGAACACUUUUUCCACAUCCGAAUGAAACUACGACAUAAAAGAAGAUAUUGACAAAUGACAACAUAUAGUCGUACCGGGGUGUGAUGUACCUAACUUGCAAACAACAGAAAUCAAUGAAAACAAAAAUUUACAUACACAUUCUAAGAUAAUUAUGUGAUUGACUCUAAAAGAAACUGCAAACAUUAAAUUUGAAAACUUUUUUUUCUGUUUAGUUUCUUUAGCUAUUGCAUUUAUUCAGCCCAUGCUAGUCUUAGUCUUGGAUGUGUUUUUAGUACUGAGAACUAAACAUAACCGUAGGGUUUUCAAUUAAGAUGCUUGUUCUUAACGUUUCUAUAAUUCUACAAAUAUUCUCUUUCAAAUUAACUGAUGCCGAACACAGUAGCUGAUGAAUCUUUCAUUUUAUUUGCAUCAGUUUUAGAGAUAAGUAAUUUGUGAUUUCUAAGUAGUUUAUAAAGAUCGAUGACGUUAGAGAGUUUUCACAAUACUUAAGAUUUGUAUUUCAGUAUUCUUUUUUUUUCCGAUUUUGUUAAGCAAAGUAGGAAAAAAAUUGGAAAACAAAUCAGUUGAUCAAAACUGUAAAGUAUUUUAGGUAUCGCAGCUUGAAUGUGUUGCUUAAAAACAAAGGUUUUUAAUGUUAAAGCUUUAAAAGUCACAGUUUACAACAGGAUUUGUCUCUACAAGGCCACUAAAUACCUUACAACUAGUUUUGCGUUCUCUUUUGCUUGGGUUUAGUACGUUUUUUUGGGUUUGAAACUUUAGUUAAACUGAAUAAAGAAACAAAAGACUAUAUUAUCCUACUGUUUAACCGUCGGCGGUAACAAGUACGCCUACGUUAUUAUACUGUGUCACUUAUCAAGUGCACGUUAUCUAAAAGUCAGACUUAAAGUAUAAAAUGUAGAUGCCAAACUUGAUUCGUUUGAUGUUUCAAAACUUGGUGAACUAAAGAACAUAACAAAGAAACAGGGAACGAUGUCGACAACAACAAUAUCAACAGCAAUAUCUCAGAAUCUUCACCUCGUUCGAUUUAACUAUCGGUUACGUAAUGCUCUUAAAUCUCGUGGCCAUUGCUCUAACUCUGCAAUUUUUGACAAAGCUAUGUUUCUAUAACAACAUUUUUUUUCUGAUAGAUUGUUUAGUAUCUACUCUGAUCUUAUCAUUAAUCAGCAAAUCAGGCUUCCUCGGACUAAAAUCGUGGUCAAUAAUUGUUUUUCAUAGUAUAUUUCAUUUGACUUGAUUUACUCAUUUAUAAAAGCAAAUGACAAUGAUUUUUAGCAGCCAUCAAAUAGUGCCGGCAUUGAACUCAAGUAACAUCUUUUGGUUUAACCAGUAAAAGCAACACACAACAAAAUGAUGGCUUACUUAAUGGCACACAAAAUAUAAAACGCUUAAUUGUAUGCUUGAUUAGUUCUAGAACCCUUCGGCAAAGUAGUCUCUACAGGAGCUAUUUUAAGUAAACAUCCCUUUAAACCGAUCAAAACAACCAAACGUUUCUUCGGUCGAUUGAUAAGCAAGAUGGUAUUGAACUUUGUCCUUGCUGUAAGUGUUAUAUGGAGUUUUCUGCCAUCUACGAUCAUGGUCAGAGCUGUGACUCGUGAGUACUAUAUAGCAGCAGUGAUCAAAGAGUGGAACUAUGCACCCAGCGGACAAAACCAAAUUAAGGGAGUUGCACUCCAAGAUGACAGGUAUGCAAAGAGUGUGCUCUGCAGAAAGCAACUACUAUUGCUACCAUAUUUAGGGCUUCUCUGAUUACUGCAAAGGCUAACAGGCUACUCUUUAAUGCUACUGCGCUUCCACAUAUAUCCUUUUACUAACACUCAGUGAGCUCCCGCUUACUGUCAAUUAAACUAUACCGUAGUUUAAUUUGCUGCUCUUCUGUUCUCUUGUUUCCUGCCAUCUUUUCAACAGCACAGUGAUGCGAUCAUUGCUUCUAAAAACAGUGAUACAUCAGUUGAUAUAGUCCGUUGAUUAGGAAUGUUCAGUGCCGUGCUAAAUCCUGUUUGCACACCAACUGAAAAUAUAUUAAGAUAUAAAAACUCACAACAUUUGUUUAAUUUUUCAACAGAAAUAUUUCGCAAAGCUAACGAAAAGAUUAAAGCAACAUUGCGCAUAUAAGCUUUGUUGAAAAGAUUACAAACUAGGAAUAAAACGAUUGAAGUACACGAUCGGCGGCCUUAAUGGAUCAAUACGCGAUUGAUCACGAUUGAACAGUCUAAAGAUUGCCUUUCAACUUCAGUGUUGUUGUUGUUGUGGUGGUGAUGGUGUUUUUUGUUGUUGUUGCUGUUCUUGGGUUUGUGUUGUCUUUCUUGGUCUAGUAGUAGUAAUGCUUCAGCAAAGAUAAGCCCCGUUGGUGGAUUCCCUUUGGAUUCCCUCGCAAAAAGUGGAUUCCCUUAAUUAAUAGGCAUAUGGGUCUAGUCUAUGACGUCACCUCGGAAAGAAGUGUCUUCCUGCAUACUAAUUUGGAUUAGGUUUACUAAUGAGCGUCACUCUACUACAAUAGGAACAAUAGGCUUGCCUAGACUUGCCCGUGAAGUAACUUGAGCUCGGUUUUCGGACAGUCUAUUAAAAGGAAAAUAGGAAUAAGAGAAGCGAUCACCUAGCAACGCGAGAAACGGCUUCCUAUAUCUUAUUUAGCGCUAAAACUCAUAUAUAUAAACAAAACACAUGUGCACAAAGUGGAGUUGAAAAGUCUUUAUUUCCGUUUAGUUUAUGUCUUCUUAUUGAGCUCUAAAACUCGGAUAUAUAUAAACAAAAUACACGAAGUAGAACUGAAAACUCCAUUUCAAUUUUGUCUGACGUUUUCUCCGUUCUAUCUCGAGGAAAUGAAAAACUAUUAAAGUCUUGUAAUUUCACGCACUGUUAGUCAGUUAAUUAUGCGAGUUCACAAGCCCAAAGUUGAAUACAAAUUUUGGUCUACAGGAAAGACCCAAGGGAGCACCUUGACGUAUUAUUAUAAAACAAAUAACUUAACAAGGAUCAAUUAAAACACGCGACUAAUAAUUGCUAGCAAUAAAAUCUGACACGAGAUACCGCUUAAAACAAAAAGAGUCAAAUACACAGCGAUUUGAAAGAAAUCUAUUAAAACAGUCAAAGAAAGCAAGUCAUGUUUUACUUACCCCUCUUCCUUUUCAAUUUUAUUUCCCUCCUCAAUUUUUUCUUUUUCCCUUCUCCACAAUUUUAUUAUUUUCCCUCCUCAAUGUUUUUAUUCCCUCCUCCACAAUUUUUAUUAUUUUCCCUCCUCAAUGUUUUUUAUUCCCCUCCUCCACCUCCACCUCCACCUCCUCAUUUAUUCUAUAUAUUUUUCCAUCCACAAAUACAUCGACCUCCUAGCGACCCUACAUCGACCCCACAUCGACCCUACAUCGACCCUACAUCGACCCCACAUCGACCCUACACUCAACUUUUUUUUAACACUGCUUCGUAAAUAGUGAAGCUAUAUACCACCACCGCCACAUUUCUAUUGUUUUCCCACCACCACCACCACCGCCACCACAUUUCAAUUGUUUUCCCUCCUCCUCCUUUUCAUUUUUAUUGUUUUUCCUCCUCCUCCUUCUCCUCAUUUUUGUUUUCCCGCCUCCUCCUCCUCCUCAUUUUUAUUGUUUUCCCUCCUCCUCCUCCUCCUCCUCAUUUUUGUUUUCCCUCCUCCUCCUCAUUUUUGUUUUGGUACAGUAGGGGUACAGGAGGGUACAGGAGGGGUACAGGAGGGGUACAGGAGGGGUACAGGAGGGGUUCAGGAAGGGUACAGUAGGGGUACAGGAAGGGUACAGUAGGGGUACAGGAAAGGUACAGUAGGGGUACAGGAGGGGUACAGGAAGGGUACAGGAGGGGUACAGGGGGGGUACAGUAGGGGUACAGGAAGGGUACAGUAGGGGUACAGGAGGGUUAAGUUCAUAGAGUUCCGUUGUGCUUUGCAGCCGUGCCUCCAUCGACAGCUAUAAAAGAAGUAGUCAUUGGAAAUUUUGAAGAUGAUGACGACGAUAUUGAAAGCUCACAAGAAAGCGAACAAUCAUCUUCAAAAUUUCCAAUGACUACUUUUUUUAUAGCUAUCGAUGGAGGCGCGGCUGCAAAGCACAACGGAACUCUAUGAACUUACCCCUCCUGUACCCCUACUGUACCCUUCCUGUACCCCUACUGUACCCCUCCUGUACCCCUCCUGUGCCCUUCCUGUACCCCUACUGUACCCUUCCUGUACCCCUACUGUACCCCUCCUGUACCCCUCCUGUACCCCUCCUGUACCCCUCCUGUACCCCUACUGUACCAAAACAAAAAUGAGAAGGAGGAGGGAAAACAAAAAAUGAGGAGGAGGAGGAGGAGGGAAAACAAUAAAAAUGAGGAGGAGGAGGAGGGAAAACAAUUGAAAUGUGGUGGCGGUGGUGGUGGUGGUGGGAAAACAAUAGAAAUGUGGCGGUGGUGGUAUAUAGCUUCACUAUUUACGAAGCAGUGUUAAAAAAAAGUUGAGUGUAGGGUCGAUGUGGGGUCGAUGUGGGGUCGAUGUAGGGUCGAUGUAGGGUCGAUGUGGGGUCGAUGUAGGGUCGCUAGGAGGUCGAUGUAUUUGUGGAUGGAAAAAUAUAUAGAAUAAAUGAGGAGGUGGAGGUGGAGGUGGAGGAGGGGAAUAAAAAACAUUGAGGAGGGAAAAUAAUAAAAAUUGUGGAGGAGGGAAUAAAAACAUUGAGGAGGGAAAAUAAUAAAAUUGUGGAGAAGGGAAAAAGAAAAAAUUGAGGAGGGAAAUAAAAUUGAAAAGGGAGAGGGGUAAGUAAAACAUGACUUGCUUUCUUUGACUGUUUUAAUAGAUAUCUUUCAAAUCGCUGUGUAUUUGACUCUUUUUGUUUUAAGCGGUAUCUCGUGUCAGAUUUUAUUGCUAGCAAUUAUUAGUCGCGUGUUUUAAUUGAUCCUUGUUAAGUUAUUUGUUUUAUAAUAAUACGUCAAGGUGCUCCCUUGGGUCUUUCCUGUAGACCAAAAUUUGUAUUCAACUUUGGGCUUGUGAACUCGCAUAAUUAACUGACUAACAGUGCGUGAAAUUACAAGACUUUAAUAGUUUUUCAUUUCCUCGAGAUAGAACGGAGAAAACGUCAGACAAAAUUGAAAUGGAGUUUUCAGUUCUACUUCGUGUAUUUUGUUUAUAUAUAUCCGAGUUUUAGAGCUCAAUAAGAAGACAUAAACUAAACGGAAAUAAAGACUUUUCAACUCCACUUUGUGCACAUGUGUUUUGUUUAUAUAUAUGAGUUUUAGCGCUAAAUAAGAUAUAGGAAGCCGUUUCUCGCGUUGCUAGGUGAUCGCUUCUCUUAUUCCUAUUUUCCUUUUAAUAGACUGUCCGAAAACCGAGCUCAAGUUACUUCACGGGCAAGUCUAGGCAAGCCUAUUGUUCCUAUUGUAGUAGAGUGACGCUCAUUAGUAAACCUAAUCCAAAUUAGUAUGCAGGAAGACACUUCUUUCCGAGGUGACGUCAUAGACUAGACCCAUAUGCCUAUUAAUUAAGGGAAUCCACUUUUUGCGAGGGAAUCCAAAGGGAAUCCACCAACGGGGCUUAUCUUUGCUGAAGCAUUACUACUUCUAGUAUUUUGAUGUUUUAAUUAACAAUUAAUGAAUGAGGCUGAGUAUAUUAUGAAGAAUCAUGGAGAUCGAGGAGGGUGUUAUCCGUCGAGGCCGUAGGCCGAGGCGGAUAACACCCUCCGAGAUCUCCAUAAUUCUACAUAUCAUACGAAAGCCGAAUUCAAUAAUUGUUUUAUUAUUCAUUCAAAAUAAUUCCUAGUUUAAAUACAUAGCUAAAACAUGCUUACCUGCAUCGAUGUUAAGUUUAUCUUCGAUAUUGUACGUUUAGGUUUGUCCAGCUCCGCAAAUAUUCUCCAAAUGGCUGAAUCGCCCUCCGAGUUUUUGCUAUGUUUUUGGCCAUUAUUUCGCCUAGUUCCAGCUGUAGUUCUUACUCUCAAAACGAGUGAAGUGCCCGCCAUUUUAGUUUUCACAACGAAAACAACUCAACCUCGUCCCCAGGUCUUCUCGGUUAACGGUGCAUUAACUUGUAGAAGGCUGCAUUUUUGACGUCAUUUCCUCGUUAAACACAAACUUCUUCCAAAUUUGGUCAUCAGUAACUGGUUAAGGUGAAUUAUGCGUGUGCUUUUAGCCAAUCAGAAUUGGGGAAAUAUUUUGAAUGAAUAAUAAUUUGGCUUAUUUGAAACCUGUUGGUUGAAUUGAUCAAAAAAAACUUUAAUCAUUUUAAUUGGUCAGUUUGCUGCUACCAAUGAUUCCUUUAGUUGCUUAAAGCCGCAUUAGAUUUCGCCACUUUAUAGUCAUAAGUCAUAAAAUAGAAGUAAAGUUUAGCGUUUUCUCAACUGAAUUCUUCAUGACAUUAUAUGUCCAAAUAACGCAAAUUGUUUCAAAUAAUCAUUAAAGGUUCCUUAGCUUGGUUUACGAUCUUGUGCUAUACGUAGACCUCUGGCGUUUUCAGCUACCUCAGUUGUGGUUAAUUAGCAUUAAAAACAUCACGAAAUAAAAGAUCCACCAAUAAAAAUCCUCUCGAAAUUAAGUACUAGUAUAAGGUAGUCGAUAGUCUGUAAAAUAAUGAUUUUUGCUCCAUGGUCUUUACGCACAUAUUGGGCUCAGUGUUUUCUAAAAACGAUGUCCACUUUUGGCUGUUUAAUUAAUUUACUAAGUUCUUCGAUACCGGCUAGUUAGUAUGUAAUAUUGAAAUAAAGAGCAUUAAAUUUGUUUUUUUGCUGAAGUUCAUAAUGUUCUCAAUAUAGAACCUCCUAAGAGAUCUGCUAAAUCAGAAUCAUUUUGUUUAUUUUAUUUCAUUUUAUUUUUUUCAUAGCCAAGCACGACCUUUCACUCAGCGUGGCGUAAGCCGAGUGGCAACCCUGUACAAAAAAGUGCUGUAUCGCGAGUUCACAGACGGUUCCUUUACUCAGGAAAAGCCCCAUCCAUCACACCUCGGUGUUUUGGGUCCAGUCAUCAAGGGCGAAGUGGGAGACGUGGUCAAGAUACAUUUCAAGAACAAGGCUAAUAAGGCUUUCACGGUUCACUCCCAUGGAAUAUUCUACGACAAAAGCGAUGAAGGGGCCCUUUAUGCAGAUCACAGCAGUGAUGAUCAGAAAAGAGGCGAUCUAGUGGAACCUAAUAAAACUCAUCUUUACACAUGGAUAGUAACCGAAGAACACGCUCCAACCGAAGGGGAUGGCGACUGUGUCAUAAGAAUGUACCAUUCUCACGUGAUGUCCGUGAAUGAUAUAAACACAGGCUUGAUAGGUAUUUCUAGUUGAAUUUAGCUAUACAUUUUCACAAAAUUUUCAACAAUCAGAUGUCUGAAAAAUACGUAUUUAUAUUUAAAAAGCGACGCACAAUAAUACACUAUCACUAAUGAGGUAUAGAUCAGGGGCACCCACCGACUAUGUUCUGUAAAAUAUCUGUCCGGAGAAGCAAAUAUUGUCCGGAAUUUUCUAUUGCUUUAGGACGGCUUUAAAUUUCCAGAUGACCGUUCCAUUCAUGUCCAAUGUUCGAAACCUAUCUAAUAAAUUCCCUACGAUUUUCUAAGCCUAAUUUUUCACAUUUCACUCCCGUCGUAGUGCUGUUUUUUCGUAGAAAAAGGAAAUAUAAAAUUUUCGGACUCAAAAACGUGAUUGAGGUAGGAAUCAGAAAAAUUCUCACUUUCGUAAAGCGAUAAACAGCAUCUAAAACUUUCGGGAAAAUAAUGCUGAAGCCCUUAAAAUUUCGAAAAGACUCAAAGUGCCCUAGGAUGAUCGAACGGAUACAAAGUUUAUAGCGCCUCUUAGAAUGUAUUUCUAGAAAUCUAAAACUACUCUGGAUAGCCUGAAAAAUGUUUUUAACGUAUUUAGGAGGAAAUCGUCGUUGGGUGCUCCUCAUAGAUACCCAUAUCCUGUCUGAGAAAGGCCCAACUCGAAGUGGUCCGUGAGAACGAAUGGGACUGAAAUCAUUGCCCCCCUCAUCAGGAAUAUGGAGGGGGGUGGGGGGAGCCACGCGCAGUUCUCGUUGGGAUAAGAUCUGUUAGUGUCCUGUCCCUUAUUUACUCGCUUAUAGCACAUCUUCGAACCAAUACCUGACUUCGAGGAUAAUACCCUUCCAAGAGUUUUUUUUUUCCUGUCAUAAAUUAGCUUCGAUCUCGCGGCAAAACUCUGCCAUUGAGGCUAAUAGUAGGCGCAGUGGCUAAACUGUCUUGGUCCAGGUGGAGGAAAUGGUGGAAGAAACUCAACCGUUGUGCGAAAAAGAAAUAACCGAACUACUACCUAAGGCACAAAAAGAUUGCAAGAAUCGCUUAAUCUCUUUGAAGAAUGAAUGCUAUAAUAAACAUUCGUUAAUAACCUGAAUCUGCCGAGAACCAAGCCAACGGCUGUAAAACGGAAGUGUAUAACUGGGCCCUCGAACUGUAUAAUCUUUCACAUCAUACUUAGCCUUGUCCAAUAAUUGUUAAUUAGCAAAUCGCUUGCUGUUUUUCCACAGGCCCACUACUGAUCUGCAAACGAGGAGCUUUAAUGGAAAAUAGCGUAAACAGAAAAUACGUCGACAAAGAGUUUUUUCUUCUCAUCACCGAGAUGGACGAGAACAAGAGCUGGCUCCUGGAUGACAAUAUUCAAACCUAUUUCGCUAAUCCCGAACAGGCAAUGGCAAAUAAAUUUGACCCGGGAUUUAAGGCAAGUAACAGGAUGGCAUCCAUUAAUGGCUACAUCUAUGGCAACCUACCUGGGCUGGACAUGUGUCACGGUGAUACGGUCAGUUGGCACAUAAUAGGUGUUGGAGAGUUCAGUGAUGUACACAAUCGUAAGUAUCCUACGCGUCAUCCCAUCACCAAAGUCCCAUAAAUAUCACCCAAUGUAAGGGAAUCCAAGACACUGAGUCUUCUGUAAUCCAGUACUUCCAAAGACUGAAUUCUGGAUUUUUUGUCGAUGGAGCUUGUAGUCCGAUUCCAAUUCCGGAUAUCGAUUACGAAAGACUAGGAUUUAGCAUUGCAAAAGCAAACAUUUUCCGGAUUCUGAAUCUGGAAAAUGUUCGCCCCUACUUGGGCAAAUUUUAGGUCUUUCUUAGGCGUUAUUCUCUAAGUAAUUCAUGUAAAACAAGAGAGGAUAAAGGGGACAGAGAAGGCAUCCCCCAUACACACCCUAUUCCACAAAUAAUUCGUCUCGAGUUAUUUUUAAGACCACAGAUCCCGAGGGGGAUUAGACAACAGCCAAUCACAUAGCGCGAAUGUGUUCCGCGUGGAUGACCCACGCUCAGAGCCACGCGUCCUUCACGAAUUGACGCUGAGAAAAAUUGCGGAAGACGCGGAGAGCGAUAUUGCUUUUGUCGACGAAAACGACUAAAGCGAGAUUUCUGCUAAAGCUGUGUUAGCGAAACGGAAAUUAAGAAAGAAUCGCCCUUCCUGUCUUGUAUAGAGCUAACAGUACAGCAGGGAAAUCCUUAACACACUGAAUAUUCUCUCAGGAUCAUUUAUAAUUUACAAUUUGAAGAGAGCAAUUUCUGGUUUGAUAUUUUUUCUUUUAUUAGUCUUUUAUUAUUCAACAAAAAUAACACUUGGCGUCCUACUUGCUUUAUUGUACAAACGACCGGUUGGGGGUGCACACCAACUGCACCCUCCCCCUAGAUCCGCCCCUGUAUUGGCAUCAUUUUAAAAAGGUUUUAAACUUUAAGACCCUAGAACCGAUUCUGAGGUAACAAGAAUUGUUGAUUCGUUUCUUACCGUAUAAUCUGAAAAAUAAACUCUGUUUACUCUAUUAAAAGCUUCGUUCCAUGGGCACACAGUCAAGAUCAACUCCCAUCGCCGAGACACAGCAAUAGUGCUUCCAGCCACUUUCUUGACAGCCUACAUGAAGGCAUGGAAUCCAGGAACUUGGUUACUGAAUUGCAUGAACAGCCACUUCUUUGAUAAAGGAAUGUCGGCACUCUUUUAUGUCAAGAAGUGCGAGAAGAAUGUUGCCAUGCCAACCGUCAGUGGUAAUAGAACGAAAAUGUACUACAUAGCCGCGGAUGAGGUUAUGUGGGAUUAUGGACCAUCUGGUGUUAAUAAAAUAGACGGAAAAUCGCUUACUUCACCUGGAAGGUAACAACUUGAAAAAUAAAGCCUUUUUUUCAGAAAGAAAGAUUAAAUAUUCAUUACCUAGGUGAAAUCUAAAACAAAUCUACUAGUUAAUAUGGGGCGAUUUCCAUUUAACAAAAAUUUCGGAAAUUCCACGUGCCCAGCGGACCCGAUCGACCCAAGCCACCGAGCGUUUAAUUAUUGCUUUCUUGUACAUGUAAGCCGGAUACAGUAGAGCAGUACUAGGGACAUCAAUUUUGUCAAAUAGAAAGGAACAUUUCGGUCCGACCGGAUCGGUGAAAGUGGACCACCUUCAAGAUGCGUGGUUCCAGAUAUUAAGGUCAGACCCAGCCGGAAUGGUCCGUUCCACUUGAUUUUCCUGGAAUUUUGGGCUGAAUGGAGAGCGUCCAUAGUUUGCCAAGAGAUAAUGGCAUGAAACACUUACUCACUUAGAACAGCAGGAUUUCUCAGACUGAUGAUUGCUUGCUUUGCAGUGAUUCUGCUAAAUACUUCACCCGUGCUGAUAACAGAAUUGGAGGACGAUACAAAAAAGCUAUCUUUGUCGAAUACACAGACAGAAAUUUCACUACUAAAGUAAAUCGAACAGCCAGUGAAGAGCAUUUGGGAUUGCUAGGGCCUACCAUUCGUGCGGAGGUUGGCGAUGAAAUCCAGGUGCUCUUUAAAAAUCAGGUAAGUAACUUUGUAAUGAAAGUUAAAACUGUCGUUUCAAAAUAAAAUAUGGCUUCUCCGUAUGAAAGUAGUAUAGGGUGAACCGAAAUAUCCGUUUUUGUUUUGUUUUCUAGCUGCGAGAUGAAGUCGUUUCGACAACAAACACAAAAAUAAUCAGCAGUUUAAUUUCAUAAUUUGUCUGCAAUAAAAUGUUCCAAUCUCAAGCAUGUUAAGGCAUGGCCCGUCCUUUGCUCUUAGACACUCCGCGAAGACAACUACUCUUGCUAGCAGACGCACUGUUCUUUUGAUCGUAACCACCACUCAGUCAGCAGAAAAAUUUUGUCGUCCUUAAACCUUCUGAGGGUUAAUAACAGAGCUCACAUGUCCGAUGGCGUCAUAAAUAAGAAAAACAUGAUAUCUGAAACUGGCGAUGGCUUGUUGUAAAGGCUGAAUUCUCAAGCACGCCGCAUUUAAGGUAUGGAUGCAUAGAUAGAAUCUGUGCCCUGAAUGUAGAAAAAUCUUAUUUCACAAAGUGAUUCGAUUAUUAAAGAGGUCACGUGGCCUACUUUUGAAAACUACUCUUAAACGGUAAAAUGAAUUCGGUCAUUCAGGACAGAUUCUUAAAGGGGGUAACCAUUGGAAUAUGUUGGCGUUUCAACAUCUACCCUUUAUGUUUCAUCUCGGCGGCCCAUUUUCGCUUUUCACGUAAGAAAACUGUUACAAACGUCCACAUGACGCAAAAAUUCAGAACUUAGACCCUGUUUACAUGGUGUGGGGGACCCCGGUCUAGUGGGGUAGGUUUCUUUUGUUUUGUGUCCCCCAGAGCGUGAAAACAAAAGAAACCAACCCCACUAGACCGGGGUCCCCCACUCCAUGUAAACAGGCCCUUAAAGUAAACAAUAAUUUAAGGAUAUUACGUUUUAUGUUAUUACCAAGUUUGAUGCUGUUAAGGUAUAUCUUGUUAUGCAAAUUAGGCUCUGGGUCAUGCCUUAACAUGCUUAAGAUCAAUUCAAAUCAUCUUAUAAGGUCAUUGCUCACUUCGACCUUCUCUCUCUUUCUCUGCCCUCCCCCCCUCCUUCUCUCUCCUUCUCUCUCUCCCUCUCUUUAACAGGGGAAUCGCAAUUACAGUAUGCAUCCACUUGGUGUCUUCUACGAUAAAGCAAACGAAGGAGCUGGCUAUAAUGGCACAUCUGGGAAUGAUACUACUGGUGGUGAUGCAGUUAUGCCCAAUGAAACAUUCCUCUAUAGAUGGACUGUACCAGAGGCUGUAGCCCCAACGGACGAAGAUCCUCCAUGUAUCACAUGGAUGUAUUAUUCCAGUGUUGACUUAACUAAAGACGUACAUAGUGGUAGGUACAGUGGUUUGGGAUAUAGAGGGAUUACAACUCAUAAUCCAAGUCUGAUUUCCUCAAAGACGAACAAAGCAUUUAAUUUUUCAUUCUUUUAGAUUAAAUUUGUCAAAUUCCGUAAAUUUAUUUCAAUAAUUUUAUAAUUUCCCACGUAUUUUUGAUUUUAGCUUCCUUUCACUUUCUACAUUUAUUAAUAUGUAACUGUCAUUGAUUAAAACGGUAGGUAACUGGUGUGUUUUUUAAUAUAACAAAUACUUGAUCAUGACCAAUAACUUACACUUCGAAAGCAAAAAGCACGUAUAAUAACCUGGUAUGACAAAGGUUUUUUACUCACUGUGUGGAAGGCAAAAGAAGUCAUUUCAAAUCGGGGAGUCAAUCUUCCUUUCUGAGUUCUUCGAAACUACUAAGCAAUAUAUAUGCUAGUCGCCUAAUUUGGCCACCAGUAGAAUAUCAAUUUAAAUUCGUUUGCUCUUUCGUGCCUUCAUUCAUUUAGGCUUUGUUUGGUUGUCUGUUUUUAUGUGUUAUGUUUUAUUAUGUUUUUAAUGUUUAAUAUUUUUCAUGUUAUUUAUGUGUAGACCUGAAACUCCAGGAUUCAACUUCUGCUCAAUACUCUUAAUCUGUGUGUGUGUUUUCCAAGUUAGACGUUUAGUCCAAUUAAAGUUAGACAAAAACCAGCAUUCUCAACUAUAAACUGGAUCAAUAGCCUUGUUAAUGAUCAUAAUUUUAUUUCUCUUAAAGGACUCAUCGGAUGUCUGAUUGUGUGUAAAAAAGGAACGCUGGAGGAAAAUAGGCCAUGGAAAAGGAAGGACGUCGAUCAUGAGUUUUGCUUGCGCUUUGCUUUAACCGACGAAGGACUUUCUUGGUACUUCAAUGAAAAUAAGAACCUAGCGGGGAACGCUUCUACGAUAGACGCAAGUAAGUGCGUUGUUUUUAGUCAAAGUGUAAACCGUACAAUUAUCUAUUGAGACCGAGUUCUAGAGGCCUAAUCAACUAAAAAUUGGGUUCAGUUAAUCUAUCGAUUUAGCCAACGCUAAAGGCGAAGAUCCCGUUAAUGAAUUUAUAAUUUACAUCAUACAAUAAACUUGUAACCAUUGAAAAGAAAUCCACUCGGCGAUCAGUUGAAAACUAGAAACUUGCCAGUGGAGAACUUCAAAUAACCUCGAUGGGUCGACACUUGGGCCUGCAAUUGACCUCAACAUAAAUGCACAAUAUCACGUUGCAGGCUCUCACACUAGCUUGAAAGUGUGACCUUAGACCUUAGUUUCCCUGUGGCGAACACGGAAGGAAGGAUGGGCGGAAGUACGGUCACGCGAAUAAUGGAUCAGAUAACCAAAGUUUCUUAGCCAUGGGGCUAAGUUUGUGCGUGCAGGAUAUUACUGUUUGAGGUCAAUUAUGUGCUAAAGUCAUUACUAAGAGUUGAGCCUUUACCCAUAUAACACAAAAUGACCCGUAGAGUUAUGAAGAAUUCGAAGGUGUGACUAUCAAACAAAUUUCAUCAGGGAACAAUGAUCAUAAUAAUUUGUUUGGUGAUUUUGGUAGGAAUAACAUUAUUACAAGUUGGAAAAGUUGGCCAGACAUUUUCAACCCAUUUCCAUCUUUGCCUUCAAAGAUGGAAAUAGAACAGUUUCAAAGCCCGGAUAUAGUCUUAAAUAACAAGCUGGGCUACUAUUUUUGGAAAUCAUUUGAUGCGAAGACAGGUCAGUUAGUUUUUUUUCGAAAGUGAGGGCAAAUAGCUCUUUAAGUAUCACAAUUUACAGUAUCCAUUCCCAGUGCAAUAAACGUUGCUUUUCUUGAUUUUUGUUGACUCUUUAAGAUGACGCGGGAUUCAAGGAAAGCAACAAAAUGCGGAAUAUCAACGGCUUCAUGUAUGGAAAUUUACCUGGUUUGCGCAUGUGCAAAGGUGAUGACGUUUCGUGGCAUUUCUUGGGUGGUCCUGCGGCGCAGAUGCACAGCGCUUACUUUUAUGGCAACACUCUGAUAAGGAAUGGAAAUAACUAUGACACAGUGGGACUAAUGGAAGGUAUAGUUUUUGUACUUUAUUUGUGCAUAGUUCUUUAUUUCUUGCAUUACUUCAGCUAUUCCCUUUUUUAACCAAGUAGCCACGUUUCCGGGCAUUUAUACCAUCGAUCAACGUCGUUUCCAAUGAAAUAUACCAUUGAAUCGAUGUUGCAUUGCUUGCAUUAUCCGAAUUUAAUCAACGCUGCCUGGUUAGGAAGAAUUUGCCGGGGGAUGGGUUAAUCAGGAACGGCGAAAUAUUUUUAAACGAAUAACAAUACAAAUGUGACGUGCACGUAGAGUACGAAAUAAAAUGGCCAUUGUUAUUAUUAUUAUCAUUUUUAUUUUUUAAGCAAUGGAUUAAAAACUCAUAAAAUUAAACAAUGACGGUGGACAUUGUGUUCUUGCACCGAAAUCGAUAUCACGGUUUGAGAAGAAGUCUGAGUACUUGACCUUUUACUUCCCAAAGUCAAUUAACUUCCCUGGGCUGAAAGCCAUCUAUGGACCCAAGAGCAACGCUGUCGCCCCCAGUGAAGUCAACGGAUGGUAGUAAGUUGCUCACAGACCUCCAAGACAUAAGGGCCAGAUGGAAGGAGUACUUCAAUAACUUGCUACAUCAUGAAGGAUCUGCACAUCCAGAUGCUUGUCAGCAGCUGAAGAGGAAGCCCACAAGCAAUGAGCUGUGCGUAGAAAUAACAUGGAGGAACUAAGAAAGCUUUGAAGUCAACAACAUCUGGCAAAGCACCUGGUUUGGAUGGUAUUUCCUUAGAUAUCUAAACAAAAAUGGUGGCGAAAAGAUGUGCGAAGUUCUACUAGGCCUGUUCAACAGAUGCCAACUCUCUGGAACUGUGCCCCAAGACUUUCGUUCUACUCUAAUUGUCACCAUCUACAAGAGAAACAGCGACCGUGCAGAGUGCGGAAACCAUCGGGGAAUAUCACUACUGGCCAUACCUGGCAAAGUCCUUGCCAAGAUUGUCCUGAACAGACUGAAGUUCAUUUCGGAAGAAGUUCUCCCGGAGAGUCAGUGUGGAUUCCGGGUUGGCAGUUCCAUCUCUGACAUGAUCUUCACUCUGCACCAGCUCCAAGAGAAGGCAGCAGAGCAACAUCAGCCAUUGUAUGUUGUCUUUGUUGACUUCACAAAGGCAUUUGACACCGUUGACCGCACAACCCUCUGGAAGAUCCUUGAAACCUAUGGAUGCCCUGAUAAGCUUGUAAACAUCAUCAAGCAAUUCCAUCAUGAAAUGAAGGCACAAGUCUCAGUCGGCGGCGAACCCAGUGAUGCCUUUGUAGUCAACCAUGGCGUGAAGCAGGGGUGCGUGCUAGCUCCAACUCUUUUCUCCCUCUACUUCACAGCUGUGCUGGAGACUACGAACGAAGGGCUCAAUAGGGGCGUUUUCAGUCGCAUAAGGACAGAUGGCAAACUGUUCAACCUUUCCAGGCGUUGAGGUACUGCGCCGUGCUCACACAGUCAGUGUUAAAGCCCUAAUAACCGUGUCACAGCUUCGCUGGGCAGGACAUGUACGUCAGAUGGCCAAUAGCAGGCUGCCAAAAGCUGUGUUCUACUCGCAACUACGCCAAGGUAAAAGGAGCCAUGAAGGACAAAAAUUGCGAUUUAUUGAAGAGGCAUAUGAAGGAAACAGGCAUCUCGCGUGAUACCUGGGAGAAGGAUGCAGUCUAGAGAGUCAAAUGGCGAGGACUGUUGAGGAAGGCCACGUCAGAAAGUCAGCUGUUGAGGAUCAGCGCCAGAAGGAAUAUCAGCGUGCACAUGUCCAACGACACCAGGCAGCUACCUCAAGCAGUUUCCAAUGCAACAAUUGUCAGCGUUACUGCAGAUCCCGAGCGGGUCUGACUGCCCACGCGAGAACCUGUUUAAGAUAGGCCUCAACUCAAUUACAAGACAGUCAUCUUAGGUAACGAGGGACAGCCAUUAUCUUCCCUGGCAUUUCAAAGAAAUUUUAAAAGCAGCUUAAACGUUCAUUGUGUCAUGACAAGUUAAUUGUUAGUUGUAGCAUUUACUUUUUGCUUUUUACAUUAACUUACCAAGAAUUUAAUCUUAUUUAUUACAGGUUCCUUAGCAACAAUGCACAUGACUCCAGAUAACCCUGGAGAGUGGAAAUUAGCUGAUCGGACUAAUAGUAACUUAGAAGGAGGAACUACUGCCAAGUACACGGUAUUGAAGGAUUGUGGGAAUGCUUCUUCUGACCAACCAAUGAGUGGGCGGAAGAGAUGGUAUUACAUUGCAGCCGUGGAAGAAACGUGGAACUACGCGCCAACUGGAAAGGAUUUAAUCGAAGGAGUCGAGCUUAAGGAUAGCCCGUAGGUUUUUUUUAGCAAGUUAAACUAAUACCGGGCUAAUAAAAUUGCGUGUGAGCCGCUAGUUUUAUCAAGUUGAGAUUGCUAUGAAUACAACUUCUUUAGGAAAGACGUGUUUCUUCCAACCACUAAAUGGAAUCUGUGUAAGUAGAUGAUCUCACCCUGUAUAUUCUAAAGAAACAAGCGGAAGAGCGGAUUUUGGGGACUAACUAUAGAGGCCUGAGCUUAAGUAACAGGAGGGCGAAGUUCACUAAAUUGCGUCCUUUAAUUUAUUCUUGCUCGUCAAAAGUGAGAAACCAAAUUUGGCUUAAACAUAGUCUACGAGUGCACAGCUACCUUCGCAGGGUUAAGAUCAACUUUCGCGGCUUACAAGGAGUGGAAAUGAUCAGCAGUAUAAAAGUUUAUUGGCUCAGUUACGCUGUAAUUAAUCAGAAUGAUAUGCUUGAGUACGGGUAUUUCCUUCAAGUUGGCGGCAAAUCUUUGAAUAAAAGCUUGAAAGAAUGAAAUUUCUUCGGAUAUAAAUUUGUUACGAUUGCGUUUUCAUUGAAGGAUAUCGAACUAGGACUAAAAGGUGCUAUGGAAAGCUUUCCUUCCUUUAAUCUGCAAUAGGUAGCUGGUUGAGAAUUGCUUGUUUGAGUCAAAAGACUACAUAUAGUUUUAAGUAUACGGAACCAAGCUUUCCGCGGCGUAUGUAAAAUGACACUGAUCUAUCUGGUACCAGCUUGUAACCGUGCCAUGAUUAAGUAAACACUCCGCUUAGCUAUAAAGCUGUAUGACUGGUCGGCUGUACAUAUUAUGCAGCUACACUUUAUUUUACUAAAUACUUUCUUAUAUAUAUAUAUAUCUUUCACAAAUUAAAUAAAGACUUGUUAGUUCUUCCAGCCGGUUCCAAAAUUAAUUCCACCCGACUAUAAAAAAAUUUUUUCCGCAGACAUGCUGCUCGUUACACACUACCAGGUGAUCGUUUUCUUGGUGGGAUACUCAAGAAGGCAAUUUAUCGGGAAUACACAGAUGCUACCUUCACUCAGCAGAAGAAAAGAAACAAAGAAGAGGAGCACUUGGGAAUCAUGGGACCAAUGAUCAAAGCUGAAGUGGGUGACACUAUUGAAGUUAUCUUUAAGAACUUGGCGUCCAGAGAAUAUUCCAUUCAUCCUCAUGGACUCUUUUACAGGUAAAACCGAGCGUUCCUAUGAACGAAUCACAGCAAUUUAAAAUGGGAGGAAUGAAAUCACAGGGACACCACACAAUCUGUUGUGUAACCGAUUGUUAUGUCAUAGUAAACUGGAUUAACCGUUAAUUCGCUUAAUGUGUGCAUGGAUCAAUGCUAAAUAAACGUUUUUAUAACCUUGCCUACGGCCAGUAUGCCUCAAAAGUGGUGUUUUGAGCGAUUUUGAAGAAUUUGAGUUCGCUGUUCCUCUUAAUAGCAGGACGAACUCAAAAUCCUUCAAAAUCGCUAAAAAAAAAACUCCACUUCUGAGGCAAAAAGGCGACAAUAAUCCCACACCAAACGCUACCUUAAGUUUGUUUAAUCUGCAGGUAAUCGUUAACCCCUGAUUGUUGCGAGAGAAAUUUGUUACUUUCCCACUCCUUAACAACUCAAACAAUUGCAACUGGGUGAAGGAGGACGUAUUUGUUACGGAGGACGAGCAAGUUUUGACUGUUCAAGGAGAAAAGAGAGAGGCGGGGGACCGACCGCUUAAAAAAAGAAAGGGCUAGGCUUAAACAUUAGAGGGCAAUUAUUAGAGAAAUUCAGUCUGCAUUUUUUGUUUCAAUUCUUUAGCAAACAAGACGAAGGGUCUCGUUAUAAGGAUAACACCUCUGGUGCUGAUUUAGUUGACAACGCAAUCGCUCCAGGAAAGAUUCACAACUACGUCUGGGAAGUACCUGCAAGGGCUGGGCCUGGAGCUAAUGACACUGAUUGUUUGACAUGGGGGUACUAUUCAGAUGUUAACCCAGUUAAAGACACCAACACUGGACUGGUAGGCGCGCUGGUCAUCUGCAGAAAGGUAACUCUUAUUAGCAGAUAUUAGCUGAGGCUGAGGAUAUAAGCGAGCAAGGCAUCGGCGGAUGACGCCCUCGUCGACCUGCAUAGUUUUUCAUAUCAUAUAAAUCAUAUGCAUUCAAAAUAUUUCCAACUUCAAAGCAUGCUCACCUUUAUGUGAAGGUAAGUUCUCGAACAUUUGCCUGUCAUGUUCCGAGUGGCAUUUGUGUGUAUUCUUGCUAUGUUUUGAGGCAUUAUUUUGGCAAUUCAAUUUCAUAGGAAUCUUCUUCCAUUUUCUCUACAUCACCAAAACUGUUACUCAACCGGGCUAAGUCGCUUUUCCUAGUAUUGCCAAAUUGGCACAUUUGUUCCAAAGGCAAUCAUGAAGUAUUGGGGAAUUUAAAACGGCUCGAUGGGCUAUUUCAGGGUCAAUACCUACCAAUAGACCUUUUUACCGAUACGGCGGCUAUAUUGAAAUUAUUAGAUUUAAGGAGUAUAAUGGUAUGCUCAGGGGGGGGGGGCACUCGCUUAGUAUUUACGCCCGCUUUUAGGGCAAAAAGAGAACGUCAUUGUAUAUUCCUCGGAAAAAAGGUGAUCAUUAUUACAUCCAAACACGGCACAACGAUCUUUUUUUUCCCAUUACAAUCUUUUUAUAGGAAACCUUAAAGAAAAAUUGGCCCGAAAAGCGCGCUUAAUUCGUUUAAUUACUGAGCAAGUAUAUCGGAUCCUGCUCAUGCCCGAGGCAAAAACCUCGCAGAUUACUUUUGACGUGUGUUUGAUUGGCCAGGGAGGUCAAAACUAAAAAUAACCUUUUGUUUUUCAAGGGAACGCUAGACGAUCAUGGAAAAGUGAAGGGUGUUGACAGGGAGUUUGCUGCAUUGUUUACCGUAUUUGAUGAAAACCGCAACUGGUACGUGAGAGAAAACGUUGAAAAUUAUCUCACAGACCAGAACCCACCCCCGGUUAACCAACUUGUUGGCAUCUUUGACUUCUGGGAGAGCAACUUGAAGGCUGCCAUUAAUGGCUAUGUGUUUGGAAAUGUCCCGGGUUUUACCAUGUACAAAGGCGAGAAAGUUGUGUGGUAUCUCCUUCAAGUUGGUGGUAUGACAGAAAUGCACACGGUUCAUUUCCACGGCCAAACUAUCUUAUAUGUAAGUACUUAGUCUUAGCCGAUCAGAUGGCUGCGGGUCUCAGUAUUUUACAAUUUUAUUAUGAAGUACAAAAUGAUUGGUGACGACCUGAAAAUAGGAAGUUUGAUAAGCAGCCUUCUUCCUUAACAUUUUGCGACAGUGGCGCACAAAGUUUGAACGAAUUUGCCAGUUUUUUGGAAGUUUUAAUUCCGCCACACAUUGCGCUCCGGUAAAUUUGUUACCAUAAGACUCUCAGUAACACUCUGAUAGGAAGUAAGUAUAUAGUUUAACAGUCUUGAUAAAUCGACAACAAUUUUCCAUGGUCUGUACUCUUAACGACCACAUCAACGUGUUCAAAACUCAAGUGCAACCACGAACCCGGGGACCGAGUGAUUUCACUUCAAAGUUUUGAUCAUUUUGACGUCGUUUUUAUUGUUGCCGAUUUAUUUUUUUUACAAUAACAUUGAAAGUUUCGACGUCCAUUUCCGUUGAAGUUUCUCAAAAAAUUAAGCGGACGAAAAAGCGAAAAACAAACUGCGCCACCAUCACAUCACUUCCAUGGUCUGUACUUAUCGAGCUAUUCAGCUAGCAAGAAAUCGCCGCUCAGUUAUUGUAAAACUAAGUAAUCUGCCUUUGGCUGUCCUAGGGGUCAGCUAUUAUUUUCCCUGUUUCCAUGGCUACCAGGUGCAGUCACCUGCACAAAAAUUCCAAAAGGGGUCUAAACCAUCGCCUUGUAAAAUGGCAUGUUGGAGUAAUUCAAUCUGCUCUCCAGGGUGAGUGCAUUCCUAAAUGAUGCACGAUUUGCCGUUUUUUAAUCAUCCUCUUGCGUCAUCUUCCAACAAAAUAGUGCUACAUUAAUCGCUCACAGAUCUCUUUCCCAUUAAAAAUCUUUUAAGAGAGUAUCAACCAUCACUAAGUUAUGCACCUUUAAUUAACGUAAGUCGCUACAUUUGGAUUCGUUGCCACACAUCUUUUCAUGAUCUUGCGUCAUCUAUAACUUCUAAGUCGUCGGCAAUUGUGUGCAUACUAUUGACUAAUAUUCUACAACACUUUUCAGAAAUCGCAGACCUAUCAUCGUAACGAUGUCUACGAUUUGCUGCCAGAAUCCUUUGCGACCGUUGAGAUGAUACCUGAUGCAGUUGGAACCUGGAUGCUUCACUGUCACGUGAACGUUCACUUGGAUGGUGGGAUGAAAACUCUGUUCACAGUUUUGGCUCCAACAAGUGAGUUUGUAAAGCAAACCAUUGCAAUGCUUUGA